AUGUCUUCCUCCACCGCUCCUCCCCCAAGCCAAAAGCCCCUCCGCAUCGGUGUCCUCUACGAAGAAGUCCAAAUGACCGACCUCGCGGGCCUCGACGUCCUCGGCAACAUCUCCACCAAGGUCAUGGACAUGAUCGGGGAAAUGAUCCCCGCCGCUGCCCCGCUCAAGCCCCUCGCCGUUCCUAUGCAGUUCCUGUACAUCUCCUCCUCGCUCGAGCCUUCCUGGACGACGCCAGAGAUGUACGUGCGCCCCACACAUACAUAUGAGACUGCGCCGAGGGAUCUGGAUAUUAUUAUGGUUGGGGGCCCGAAUCCUGCGACGGUGAGUGAAGAGAGCUUGACGUUUUUGAGGGAGGCGGUGAAGAAGACGAAGGUGGUGCUGACGACGUGUACGGGUGGGAUGUGGUUGGCGAGGAGUGGGGCGUUGGAUGGGAAGAAGGCGACUACGAACCGGAUCUUGCUUGCGGCGGCGAAGGAGACGUUUCCGAAGGUGGAGUGGCUGGACCAGCGGUGGGUUGUGGAGGAGGGGCAUUUUGAGGGCGCGCAGAUUUGGACGGCGGGUGGUGCGGGAUGUGGUAUCGAUAUGACGAUUGAGUAUGCGAGCAAGAACUUCGAUGAGAAGUUGGUCCAGAUGGCUUGCUUGGGUCUGGACUUCGAGUUCAAUGGGCGCAGUCAGUCCUAUAAGGGACCUUUGCCGAGCUUAACAUAAGUGCUUCUCAUCACUGCCCGGAUGAUAUUGCACUUGCGGCAAGAGUUGAAAGGGAAAGCUCCUAUCUCGAGAGCCACGGUUCUAGCUUAAAUAUGCAGCGCAGUACUUGGUAGUAGAACCAUCUCAGCUUACGACAACUGCUUCUCUUUGC